UGUUAUGUAGGCUGAUGACGAAAUUUUGCUACUAUAUAACGUUCGGCGGUUCGGUUAAUUAGCAUGAACCAUUAGUUUUUUGUAAACACUCGACGUUUGUCUAGCUUCGCGACCCAUUUUGCUUCUACUUAGAUAUUGAAUCGCAGCCCUUCAAACUUAGCUAUGACUGGACAUGUAGCAAAGGAUGGACGGACGGAUCCUGUUGACAAUCGUCUUAAGUCUCCUUUGCGACAACAUGGUAUCGACAACAGGGCCUUUUCAAGUUUCAUGGACCAGUCUGGAGACAGCAACAAGGGCAAUGCCUCUGCAGUCGUCAAAACAUGCGUGGAAUCUAAACCUGGUGAACAAACGCCGAAGGAAAAGAAAAGCAAGAAGAUGCAGCAAGCUAUUCUGUCGGGGCUGCAAUAUAAGGUCAAUGACAACCCACCAUGGAUCACCACCAUCCUGCUUGGCUUCCAGCACUACCUGAUGCUGCUAAGCUCCAAUCUGGCCACUCCGGGCCUUAUGGCCUCGAUAAUAUGCGCCGUAAAUAUUCCAGAAACAAUGCACGUGCGUUCCAUUUUGCUCGGCAACAUGAUAUUCGCGUGCGGCCUAUGCACGCUCGUGCAGACGGUAUUCGGGGUGAGAUUACCUAUCGUUCAGUGUCCGGCAUUUGCUUUCAUCGUUCCAAUGUUAGCUCUCGUCAAAAUUGAACGCUGGUCUUGUCCCGCCUCGUCUUCAGAGACGUCAGGCAACGCCACAAGUAACUUCACACAGCCUCCAAACUCAGUGGACUAUACCGAACGAAUGAGCCUGCUGACUGGCUCAAUCAUGGUGGCGGCGGUUCUUGAGAUGUUGAUCGGCGUGACGGGGCUGGUGAGCGUUCUUCUCAAGUUCAUAGGGCCGCUGACCGUGGCGCCUACCAUCAUGCUGAUGGGGCUCUCAGUGGCCGAGACCGGCUUCGAACUGUCAGGAAAACACUGGGGCAUCUCUCUUGGUACGAUUGUGUUGAUCAUCCUGUUCUCAGAGAUUAUUCCAAUCUUUAAAUUCCGAAAUCCGUUCGACAAAAAGAGUGACAAUAAAAUCGAAUUCGUCCUUCAUAAGUUGUUUUCCGUCAUUCUGUCCACGUGUAUCAUGUGGUUCCUCUGCUACAUCCUGACGGUGACGGGCGCAUUUCCGGAGAAGGGUAACUAUGGUUACGAAGGCCGGACGGAUCUCCGCCUUGACGUCAUUCAAGAGGUUGCGUGGGUGAGAUUCCCGUAUCCAGGUAACAUCGGAACACCUAAGUUCAACUCGGCUUUCUUCGUAGCUAUGAUCGCCGGCGUGAUCACUUCCGUCAUCGAGAGCAUCGGCGACUACUUCACGUGUGCGCGACUUGCCGGCGCACUUCCGCCUCCGCCUCACGCCAUGAAUAGAGGUAUAUUUAUGGAAGGUGUGGGUUGCAUUAUAUCGGCAGCCGUCGGGACGGGUUUUGGAGUGACGUCGUGCAGUCAAAAUAUAGGCGUUAUAAGUCUCACCAAGGUUGGCAGUCGCCGCGUUGUAAUUGUGGCGGGAAUCACCAUGGUAGUGUUCGGCUGCUUCGGAAAAUUCAGCGCGCUCGUCGUCUCUAUGCCGGACCCGAUCAUCGGGGCUUCCUUCCUCGUACUUUUCGGUGUCCUGACGGCGGUGGGCGCGUCCAAUCUCCAGUACGUGGAUCUCAACUCCUCCCGGAACCUCGUCGUAUUCGGCAUCUCCCUCUUCCUGGGCCUCAGUUUUCCUAACUGGGUCAUGAAGAAUGAGGCCCUCAUUAGAACCGGUUACACUGACCUAGACCAGGUGCUACAGGCCCUUCUAGCCAACAACAUGUUCAUGGGAUGCUUUUCAGCGCUUGUUCUAGACAACGUGAUACCCGGGACUGAUAUUGAACGCGGCAUUGUAAUUUGGCGAGAAGUUCCGAGCGAUACCGAUGAUGAUAGCGAAGAUAUAAAUAUGGUCAAUAUGAACCUCUCCAUGAAAACGUACGAUCUGCCGUUCGGAAUGAACCUUAUACGCAACUUCCGGUGGGGAAAGCACGUUCCCAUCUUUCCAACAUUUGACGGCUUCGAUAGCGUGCGGUGCCCGUGCAAAGGUUCUCCCCUGCAUCUUGAGGACUUCGAAGUGGUAAUGAAAAAUGACAAUAACGGAGGUGUGGAAAACGGCACGACAAAGGUGUGAAUGGGGAAAUGAAAGAGAAAGAAAACAAGUUAUCGAAGUUUUGAUUGACGAUAUACUUACUUACAAUAGUCACUGGUGUAAUUUGGUUAAAUGGACCAUGUGUUGGAGAUUGAAACGUCAGCCGUUUAUAUUUUGGGUUGACUGUAAUUUGCAAUAACGUAGUUGUAGUGCCAAGUUUGUGUUUUGCUGUAUUGCUUUUUGGGGUUUUUAAAGGGGCAUUUUCACAGCUGUUGGCAGAUAUUGAAGUUCGUCAUUAAAUGCUUUAUAUUGAUGAACGUGAACAUUGGAUCUUAAAAGCUCCAGUAAAAAACAAGAAUAAAAUAAAAGAAAAAAAAGUAACCCUAAACUGGGCUCGAACCACUGACCUCUGGAGUAAAAGUCUAACACUAAAACCAUUUGGUGCUCAUACAAUCAGUGAUGUAUUCUAUACUUUAUAUAAUCGAUCCUCGUAGUGUCACAAAAUAGAACGACAACAAUACAACUCUCCAAAUCUAUUCAAUCGUUUCGCGUUGCAACGCUUUAUAAUUUUCAGGUUUUUAAAUCGUCAAAAGAUGCCUAAAAUGGAUAUUUUAGAGCAUGGUAAAGGUUCAGUAUUACUGUUUCCUCGCAAAUAUCAUAACUACAACGAAAAUGUGCGAAUCUAAAACAUUUUUUUUACUUUGUAAAUUUGCCAAAACGUGAAAAUACCCCUUUAAGUUGUGCAAAAUAGUAUUCUCACCAUAGACUAUUGCAUGUAAACAUGUUAUAUGCCAAAUAGUUCAAGUAUGUAUAUGUUUUAUACCGGUGUAAAAUAUACAUGCACAAUAUACAUUUAUUGUGCAAAUACAUGUACAUUCAUAUUUAAAACAUACAGUUUCAUAUUUCAAAGCAGUAUACGCAGUUUUCAUUAUUAACAUGAAUUAUAAAAUAUCACUGCAAUUAGUAAAUUACGUUUAUAGCGCACACUUACAAAUGAAGUCAAUGUGAUUUGUCAUUUGUGUAUCUGUUUAGCAGAAUGUUACUUGCAAGAAUAAAAUACCGCAGCCACUAGUCUAUUGAAUUCAUAA